GCGUCGAGUUCGCAGUCGCAGUGAGUCAACAUUUUAGACGCGCGCUUUCCAACCGAAAAACGCAAGCAAAUCGCUCGCAAAACAAACAAAAAACGCCCGUAAAGUGCCAAAGCAAAUUGUCAAAGAACAAAAAGUAUACAAAAACAAUAAAAAUAACAAUAAGAGAGAAUAUUGUUAUUACUGUAAUUACGAAAGAGGCUCGCGCGUAGACAAAGCAUGUCCAGUGCACAAGUGUCACAGCCACCGCCGCAGCCGUCGCCACAGCAGACGCAACAGACGCCUCACAUUAGCCAGUUGCUUAUUAGCCACAUUGCCGCCGCCCAGCAACGGGCGACAACAACGCCACCCGCCGCUGUCGAAGCCGCCUCUGAUUACGAUCAGUGCAGCAACACUUCAUCGCCCAGAUCGAGUGGCAGCCACAGUCCAGCAGCUGCUGCAGUCGCCUCCAGUCCGACGCACUCAUCGGCGACGACAGGUUCACCGCACAGCGCCUACGCACCCACACACAGUCCAAUCGUAACGCAGGAAACGCCAACGGAACUCCAGCAGCAGCAUCAGCAGCAGCAACAGCAGCAACAACAACAACAACAGCAACAACAACUCCAUUCGCAGCUGACAGUUGCUGCACCCGUCAUGCCACUUCUGGUGGCGCCCAUACCCGUGGGCUGUCAGGCGACCGGAGUUGGCCCACCUCCAACACAUCAUCAGCAUACACACGUCCCGCAUCCGCGUCUCUACGUCGAGGGCAACUUUCCUCCACAUCACAUGCCACAUCCUUUGGUGAAUGGCGCUUAUCCGCUGCCCAGGCUGCCACUUGCAGCGGUCAUGCUGCCCGCCAAUGGAGUGGUACCUGCAACAACGCUACCGCCGCCACCGCCAGUGCCCAUUCCGAAUGCCAGCUGCUCACCGCCCUCAACCACAGCACUGCAGCAGGCGCAGAGUCAGCCCAAGAAAUCCUUCUGCAUCGAUGCAUUGCUCGCGAAGAGUCAGCAUCAGACUGGAGACAGACCACAGCCCAACACAGCAACUGAUAUGAUUAUGGAUGAUCAUCGUUUGGCUGCAUUGCACUAUGCUCGGGAUCAGGCGGAACUGAAUCACGCCUUCGUGGCAGCUUCGAAUGCGGCUGCGGCAGCGGCUGCCGCCGGCAUCAGCGAGCAGGAGGCACUGCAGCGGAUACGCGAGUCGCGGGAAUAUGAUUCACCCAGUCCCGACGGCAUGUCCAGAUCGGAAUCUCCCAGCUCAUCGCAUCGCUCCAGUCCGCCCAUCAGUCCCGGUUGUGAGGAUCAGCAGCCACAGCAUGCCCAUCAUCCUCCACAUUUGGGUGUUAUACGCAUUUCCGAUUUCCAUGAUGAGUUCAAGAAACCGAUGACUCCACACAGUCCCAUCCGUCCACAAGAUUUCCCACUCUAUGCGGGCGGGCAUCCGUAUCAGCUACUGGCGCAAAGUAACUCCGCUUUUCAUAGGCCACUGGAUCCGUCUGGGAAGCCCAUACCGAUACCAAUGGGUCACAAUUUUAUGCCAUCACAGCUGCAGUUUGAGUUUCUGGCACGCGCCGGCAUGCUGCAUCAUCGCAUCCCAGAGCUGGCCGCCUAUCCGCAUCAUGCCAUAUUGGGCAAGACGCGAAGACCCCGCACCGCGUUCACCUCCCAGCAGCUGCUCGAGCUGGAGAAACAGUUUAAGCAGAACAAAUACUUAUCCAGGCCCAAACGCUUUGAGGUCGCCAGUGGUCUAAUGUUGUCGGAGACACAGGUGAAGAUUUGGUUUCAAAAUCGACGCAUGAAAUGGAAGCGAUCCAAGAAGGCGCAGCAGGAGGCCAAGGAGCGGGUCAAGUCACAGCAGCAGCAGCAACAACAAAAUGCACAGAGCACCACCAGCUCCACCAGCAGCACCAGUUAGUUUCGCUUGGAGCGGCAACAAAAACCACUUCUAGUCAUGCCAUGAACAACAACCCGUCCGCCUGGUGAGACACCCUGUAUGCGAAUCGCCAACAACCCCCCGCCCCUUAAUACCACAACAUUUCAUGUGAUUGCGCAAAAUUAGCUUCGCAAUUAGUUGAAAUUAUUUUGGUCAUUGUUGUUGUUGUUGUUGCUGUUGUUGUUGUUGCUCUGAUUUUGUGUUGCUCGAUGUGGGAAUUGAUUUCGCGAGCAACAGCCAUAACAACAAUAACAACAACAACAACAAAAAAACGCUC